GAGGACCACGAGACAUCCCUUGUGCACGACCACCACCUCCCCACCCAUUCAUGCCUGUCUUCGAGCGAGACGACACAGAGACUAUCAUCAGCGAGUUCAGACGCCUUGCCAUCCAGGAGGGCUGGAAGAAGAAGAGCAAGAUCUACAAAGAGGAGCGGAAGAAGUUCAUCGGAAAGGCUGCUGUUGAGGACUUUGAAAAGGAGUUUGGGACCAAUGCGGGGAGCUUGCAGUCAUGGCAGAGCUUGUGCAAACGACUGGAGCUUCUAAACGAUGACGAUGAGCUUCCAACGAGCAUCAAGCAGUGCAAAGCGAUACUCAAAGGCGUGUACGUCAAUCUUGUCGACCUUGUUGAUGCACGCAAGGCAAAUGGAACUGUGAACAUCUUCGGUUCACCCAAAGAGCUCUCCAAAUACAUCAAACGCACAAAGAAGAUGUUUCCAAGAGAGAAGGCGAAGUCGAGCCCACUUUUGAAACAAUUUCUCAUAACUGUCACCUAA